UGACCGCAUUGCCUUCCUUUCUUUUCGUAACACGCGGUGAAGGUGCAACUCUUUUCGGUCGUCCCGAAUCCGGGUUCAUCCGACACCCUCACCUGUCUUAAAUUGGUCUGAGCUCAACUUCCACAGCGACACCAUGGCUCCCAAGUUUGACCCGACUGAAGUUAAAAUUGUGUACAUGAGGUGCACAGGAGGAGAAGUUGGUGCCACUUCAGCUCUGGCCCCCAAAAUCGGUCCUUUGGGUUUGUCUCCCAAGAAAGUGGGUGACGACAUCGCCAAGGCGACCGGUGACUGGAAGGGUCUAAGGAUCACGGUGAAGCUGACCAUCCAGAACAGGCAGGCUGCGAUCGAGGUGGUACCCUCUGCGUCGGCUCUGAUCAUCAAGGCACUGAAGGAGCCUCCUCGUGACAGGAAGAAGGUCAAGAACAUCAAGCACAAUGGCAGCGUGACCUUUGAGGAGAUCAUUACCAUUGCUCGCCAAAUGAGGAACCGGUCCAUUGCCAGAGAGCUUUCUGGAACAGUGAAGGAGAUCCUGGGCACUGCACAGUCUGUGGGCUGCACCAUCGACGGCCGCCCCCCCCACGAUGUCAUUGACGAGAUUAACAGCGGCAGACUGGAGUGUCCUUCUGAGUAAACAUGGUGGAAUAUAGGGGUGUGAAAAUAAAGGAAACUUCAUGAGAA